GCCCGAAGAUGCGUUCUCGUCAUUGCGCUGGGACCACAAGCAAGAAUGACGUCGUAUUCGAGUAUCUUGUUGGCAACUGUCGCCAUUUUCACGUUGCAGCUUGGGCUGGAAUUCGCCCAGGGGUCCGAUUAUCCAGAACUGAGAAGAGAUCUGCAAAGAUACCAGAAUCCCUCCAAUUGCUAUCCCCGUAAUGGCAAGUGGGUCAUGGUGAAGAGAAACUACCCCAUCGACCCAUACUACGGUGGAGACGCUAGGUGCGUGUUGUACGAGAGAAUUGGACCGUUCAGGAACUUCACCAUCCCAGCCAGAUUCUCAUGGAGCCAGGACGGAUCCGGACGCGGAUGUGGAUCAGUUGUCGGCAGUUAUGUUCUCUCUUCAACACCAGGAUACUGGGCAAGGAACUUGUACACCUUUUAUCCGAACAAUGGUCCCGCGGAGUGGCAGCAACAUGCGAUCUACAAAGAUUGCAGCACUUGCUUUAUCGGACGCUAUCGUUACGCUCUUAACGGAUAUGGAUGCGCUAUGUGGCGUCGUACGUCACACCUGCACAAGCGCGCCGACUACUGCGACUUUAUCUUCAACAUAUUCUGCGGUGGAGUUCCCAAGUACCAAGUGUUCGAGCCAUCGUGCAUUCGCCUCCUAGGAGGAGGCUAUGGAGGUGGCUUUGGAGGAGGUCUUGGAGGGGGUCUUGGAGGAGGCCUAGGAGGAAGUCUUGGAGGAAGUCUUGGAGGAGGGCUUGGAGGAGGCCUUGGAGGAGGGCUUGGAGGAGGGCUUGGAGGAGGCCUUGGAGGAGGGCUUGGAGGAGGGCUUGGAGGAGGCCUUGAUGGGGGCUCUGGAGGAGGCCUUGGAGGAGGGCUUGGAGGAGGGCUUGGAGGAGGGCUUGGAGGAGGCCUCGAUGGUGGCUCUGGAGGAGGGCUGGGUUCCAAGGGCGGGUACAUGAAGAAGUAACUCGUACCUGACAAGUAUUGCAUUCGCCAUAGCUAGAUCCUAUAACUGCUGUAGGACCCGCUUAAAUAAAAUUUGGGUCUUUCUAUCUAUCGAUCUAAUUCUGCGACUUUCUUAGCGCAGUGGUCAUGAUAUUUGUUAUUUGCUAAGCAAAAUAAACAUUUAAUUAAGCAAACCUGAA